CAAAAUUUUAGUGUCACAAAACUUGACUUUUAUGUCAAUAUGGAAUUUAACUUUGAAAAUAUUCUUAAGCAACUAAAAGAUGAAUACCAAAAUACUAAAUGUCCAUCUACAAUUAAGCAAAAGCAAGAAACGCAAGUAGGAGAUUCAGGUGAAGAUACUAAAACAGACCAAAAAUAUUUAGAACAAGAAUUUUGUGAAUUAGAAAUUAAAGUAGAUCAAAUACUAUCAAGUAUAUCCAAAGACACAUUAAAUUAUUAUAAGAUAUUGUCAAUUAUAAGUUCUAUUUUAUAUGAAAAAUCAAAGGUAUCUCUAAACAUGAAUGCUCUUACAACAUCGAAAGCAUACUUGGAGAAGAGUCUUAACAUUAUUCAAGACUUAAGCCAAGAUCCUCAGAUAAGAUUUAUAUAUUUAAAAGUAGUAAACUACCUUUCUUAUGUUAUAUCAAGAAUGGGAGAUUUUGAAAGAGCAAGAACACUUCUUGAAGAAGUUAUCAAAGAAGAGCUCAAAUUUGAUACUUUAGUGUACAGUACAGAGGACCUAUUUGAGUCAAGUAAUUCAGACCAGGCAUUAGCAAAAGCAAAGCUACGAAAGCUGAAGAUAAAUAAUUUGCAAAUGCUUGGCUGGGUUUACGGGAAAUUAGGGUUAAAUAGUCUUUAUGCAGAAACAAUACACAAAAGUCUACAAGAAGAACUUGAUAUUAAUGAUGGUGAUCCUGUUAAUUGGGCCACAAGAUGUUAUAGAUUGGCAUCUUUAUUCAUCGUACAGGAUAAAUGGAUCAAUGCGGUAUAUCACUUAAGAGCAGCCCAGACUGUUUUGGACCCACUUGAAACUUCUUUAUUGCCGAACACAGCUCUCUUUAAAGCACAAGCUGAUUUAGCAAGAACUUGGGUACAAUAUGGACUACACCUCUUUAGUCGUAGUAGACGAUCUGUCAUGGAAAAAGUUUGGGAAGAUGCUUGGAAACUUUGUCGCCAAAAUGAAUCAUCGGAUGCAAAUAAGUUUAAAUUUGUAGGAUUAGAAAUUCACACAUCAAGUGUUCCUGUAAAAGAGAUUACGAAUAUAGAAGAAGCACGCGAACUAUUUACGUAUACCCACAAGUGGUUAAAGCGAGCCAGAUUAUUUUACAAUUUAAGAGAUUAUCCACUACAGUACGUUAAUGUCAUACAGGAAUUGAAUGAGCUAUACAGAUAUCUUGCGUUUUAUGAAAAAGAUAUAGACUCUCAAUAUGAAGUUCAUAAAAAACGACUUGAAACUUUGGAAAUGUUAAGUUCACUAUUACGAGAAGUACGGCCAACUGGUUAUAAUACCGUAAGUUUGGAAAUCGUUAAAGAAGUUAUAGAUGUGCAGUUAGAAAUGAUGCAUAUAAACUUAAAAAGAGUAUUUAAGUCAAACGAGAAUACCAAUUAUUCAAAAGAAGAAAUAAAAAAACAAAUAGAAAUUUUUAAUUCAGUUAAUGAUAAGAUGGGAAAUCUAUGUAAAGACGUUAAUGACAGUAAUCCUAAAUCGGUUAGUGAUGUAGAUGGAUUAGAUCAUCUGUUAUCGUCCAAUGUUUUGGUAAAUUCUGAUAAAGAUGCAGAACUCGAUUUAAAAAGAGAAGGUAAGACUAAAAAUGAAGAAGCAGUUAAUGCUACAGAACUUCAAAUUGAAGAAACAAAAAGCAAGUAACAAUAUACAUAUAGAAAUUGUUAAUCAGUGUAAAAUAUUAUAUUUAUUUAAAUAAAAAUGUUUAGU